AUGAUAUCGUCAUUGUUACCAGACAUGGUGGCCCGGCCGUUGGCCAAGAGCACCGAGCUUGUCCGCAGCGCGGUGGGCAGUCUCACCUGGGGACCUGGCAUCGCUAUUGCGAAGCCGACAGUGAUGGCGGUUCUCGAACAGAUCGAGAUUGGCACUCUGAUUCUUGUAGACGAGCCGUCAGGCACGCGAGAUGUGCUGGGGGAACAUGUACCGCUCGGCACUGUUAAGGCGAGCGGAAGUGGCACCAAGACGAACUGGGCCAAGGCCAAUGGAGUGAAGGUGAAGGUGAACGAUGCCAAGGUGAGUAUCGUCAAUGGCGUCAACGACAUCAACGGCAUCCACGGCUUGAGCGACAGCGACAGCGACAGCGACCGUGACGCCAACCACGACUACAACAGCCGCUCAGCCACGACAGUACCACGAGUCGAGCUCGUCGUCCACAGCGAGGCCUUUUGGAUGCGUGUCUUCAUCUUCUCCGACAUGGGCUUCGCCGAGGCCUACAUGCUGGGCGAGAUCGAAUGCUCAGACCUGGCCGCCUUCUUCCAGCUGUUUAUCCUGAACCGCGACCGCCUUGGGAACGGGAACACGCGCCUAGCCUCGCUCUCGCGGGGUCUGGCCAGCCUGGCACGCACGACCAACACGCUCUCCAACGCACUGCUCAACAUCUCGGCACACUACGACAUCAGCAACGAUAUGUUCGCCGCGUUUUUGUCGCCGGACAUGACAUACUCGUGCCCGAUAUGGGCGACAACGCCGACGACAAAGAAAACAAACGGAAUCAUCGUCUACGAUGAGCCGCUCGAAGAGGCCCAGAUGCGCAAGCUGGACCGCUUUAUUGACGGCGCCCGCGUCAAGGCCACCGACCACGUGCUUGAGAUUGGCACUGGCUGGGGCUCGCUGGCCAUGCGCGCCGUCCAGCGGACAGGCUGCCGCGUCACAAGUCUCACGCUCUCGCGCGAGCAAAAGACGCUGGCCGAGGCACGCAUCGCCGCCGCCGGGCUGGCGGACCGCAUCACGGUUCUGCUCAAGGACUACCGCACACUGGCAGCUGAGGCGGCGGCCGACGGCGGGCGCACGUACGACAAAAUUAUUUCUAUUGAAAUGCUCGAGGCUGUCGGCCAGGAGUACCUGGCGACGUACUUCCGCUGCAUCCACAAUCUGCUGAAACGCGAUGGCAGCGGCAUCGCCGUCUUCCAGUGCAUCACCAUGCCCGAGGGCCGCCACGCCGCCUACUCCAAGACUGUCGACUUUAUCAACCACUACAUCUUCCCCGGCGGCUACCUGCCCUCGACGACGCAGCUGCUGCACCACAUCACCACCGAAUCGGCUGGCACGCUGAUUGUCGAGCGCAUCGAGAACAUUGGCGGUCACUAUGCGCGCACGCUGCGGCUGUGGCGCGAGAAUUUUCUAGCACGCUUUGACGACACGAUCCGGCCGGCGCUGCGGAAGGAACACGCAGGCAUGUCGGACGCCGAAAUCGAGGUGUUCCGGCGCAAGUGGGAGUAUUACUUUACCUACUGCGAAGCUGGCUUUGUGACCAAGACGCUGGGCGACGUGAUCAUCACUGUCGGCCGUGAAGGCGCGUUGGAGUUGAUGGAGGGCAUUCCACUGUGA